AUGCAGAAACUGACAAAUAAGGAGAUUACUCCUCUUGUUGACGUCCCAGUUCAGCGAACCGGAAAAACAGGAGGUAGGCUACUUCACUUUUGUGGGUGUUUAUUGAUAUUCAAGUGCUUUGAAAGAGCUGCAAGUCACUAGUAGACCUUAUCACGGUUUAAGCCAUCUUUAUGGGUUACCAAACACUUCACUUCUGAAAAAUUCAUGAACUGGAAACUUUAUGGACUUUACAGAAACAAAUUGGGGAAUUUAGCUGUGCUAGAAAGCUUGCGGUCGUGUUUUGAAAUUUCCAUACAGAUUGUCUCUAUAAGUUUUUUCCGCGAACCAGCCGACAUUAGAGAAUUGCUAAAAAAAGUUCGCGGGAAAAUAAUUAGAGGAAUGUAUGAAAUGUUCCAUUCCAAAGACUACAGGAGGCUUUCUAGGACAGCUACAUCCCUUAAAAUUGGUCCUUAAAAUCCUUUUCCUAGUGCCUAAAGUUUCCAAUUCAUCAAUUCUUCAGAAGCGAAAUUUUAUGAAUAUUAUUUAAAAUCAGAUUUCCAUAUAAACACUGUUAUUUCAGACGUGUUUGCCUUUCCAUUAAGAUGGCUUCCAAAACCAUGAUAAGAUCUAUGCAGACUGCAAACUCACUCAAACUCAUUAUUACUCAAACCCGGCUUUGAUAGACCACCUAAACUAGACUCAGUACUUCAGUUUUUCUUGUUGUUUAUGCGGAAGGAGGCUGUGAGGAAAUGCGAUGCCAACUGGCAACUAAAGAUUUUUGUAUGAUGUUUGUCGAAAAGACAAUAUAAUUUAACAGCCUUUACCAAUCAAAGCGACACAAACUGCAGAGAUAUAAAUUUGAUUAAAAGCCGCUUUCAAAUCAAUAGUAUGCAUGGCCAGCAAAAAAACCUUAAUAACAUAGCCUGUCUACAUGCAUAUGCGAAGCAUGCUUAAAAGCCUCGGGUGGCUCCACAUUUGCAUCAUCUAAAAGGGUGCGUGUUCUUUAUAGUCUAACCACCCCCUGAACUCACCACCUUAACGACAGACGUUCCGAUCAGAAAUCAAACUCAGUCUUAAACUUGGGUACAUGAUAGCUAAUAAAUUAAAGUUUACCAGCUCGUUGGGAGAGAAAACAGUGUUUUGGCAGUAGGUGAUAUGUGAUUUAAGCUUCUGUUUAACUUAAUGCUAGGAAAGCGAUUUAUAACAUAUCAAAACGGGUUUAAAUGCCCUGCUUUAACCAAACAGAAACGGUUUUAUUGCGGUAACAAAUCGAAAACUACAGUCUAUGGCCCAUACUGAUAGGCAACUUAGCUAUUUUUUGUUGGUCUGCAGGUUUUAAAGAUGUAAGGGCAGAAAAGCUCCUCGCGAGUGGUAGCCCAAAAUGUGUAGAAUCAAAGCAAACUUAUGCCGAUGGAAAUUGUCUAUAUAUGGCCAUGUCAAGGAUCAUAUGUGGUGAUGAGGACAGACACGUAGAACAGCGCAUGAGAACAUUUAUAGAACUUUGCAAGAACAAGGACAAGUAUUUAAACGACUGCUAUCUGAAAGAGUCAACUAGUUUAGAUGACUAUGUGGAGAACUUAUUAGGGAGUAGCUUUGACUUAUCGUCCAAAACAAAGAGAAAACAGAAUACUGAACAUCAACGAGAGGGCUUUGAGGCAGGAAUUGUCGAUACCAUCAAGCCUGGCACAUAUUCAACCAUGUGGCAUUUUUUUGCACUCAGCAACAUCCUGGGUUUUCCUAUUCAAACCGUUUACCCGGAAGUUAAAGGCUCCCUUGUCAAUCGAAAUUAUGUCAAUGUCCUUAUCACACCUUCGCAGAUGCAGCAUCCGAAGGUAGCAUAUAUAAUGAGGACACACACAAGCAAUGUCGACUUUCAUGGUUGGACACCAAACCAUUUUGUUUUAUUGAUACCAGUACCACCAUUAGCAGUGGGUGCAGCUAAAGCGAAACCAUCAGCUCCUCCCUUAAGGUAG